UAGCAGUUUAGUUGACGAAUUGCACUUUUUGACAUAUUCACCUGACAAGAUGAGCGCUUCAGUUGCCGUGUACAGGAAUAUUUACACCGAGGAUCGCUUCAAGCAGUCAUACGGUACCGAGGACAAGGCUGGUGAGGGCGAGCGGCUCAGAGACAAGCUGGUCAAACGGUGCAGGUGUUCCCAGCCUGCAUUCCUUCACCUGUUGAAAGAGCGAGUGCCCAUUUUCAACUGGCUACCGAAGUACAGGUUUAAGAAAUGGAUAUUAGGAGACAUGGUAGCGGGUGUUACUGUCGGUAUACUUCACAUACCUCAAGGGAUGGCGUUUGCCCUGCUGACGUCAGUGGCUCCCAUCUACGGCCUGUACACCUCCUUCUUCCCCGUGGUUCUCUACAUGCUCUUUGGCACCGGUCGCCAUGUCUCCACAGGUACCUUUGCCGUGGUCAGUCUCAUGACAGGCUCAGUGGUGGAGCAGCUGGUUCCGGUGGGGCUGAACUCCAGCAGUGCUGAGGCCGCAGAAGCGGAGGCUCAGAGGAUCGGAGUGGCCUCGGCCGUGGCCUUCCUCUCAGGGAUAAUGAUGAUCGGCAUGUUUACGCUGCAGCUGGGGUUCCUGUCCACCUACCUGUCGGAGCCCAUCGUCAAAGCCUUCACCAGCGCUGCCGCCUUCCACGUCACCGUGUCGCAGCUGCAGAGCAUGCUGGGACUGCGGCUGCCUCGCUACACUGGCCCCUUCUCCCUCUUCAAGACCCUGGGCUCAGUUCUGGAGAAUCUGCCCCACACAAACCUGGCUGAAUUCCUGAUCUCGCUCAUCUGUCUGUCCAUCCUGGUGCCAGUCAAAGAGGUCAACACACGCUUUCGCCAGCGCCUACGUACUCCCAUUCCCGUGGAGAUUCUCACUGUCAUCAUCGCCACGGGCGUGGCCUAUGGCUCGUCCCUGGACUCCAGAUACGAUGUUCAGAUCGUGGGGCACAUUCCAGCCGGCUUCCCUCGGCCCAGACUACCAGCCCUGCAGACUCUGCCUGAAGUGGCUGGGGACACAGUGGCCAUCACCUUCGUGGGCUACGCCGUGUCCGUCUCUCUGGCCAUGAUUUACGCCGACAAGCACAGCUAUUCCAUACAGCCCAACCAGGAGCUGCUGGCCCAUGGGAUUUCCAACACCGUGUCGUCCCUGUUCACCUGUUUCCCCAGCUCAGCCACCCUGGCCACUACCAACAUCUUAGAGAGCGCGGGGGGGUUCACUCAGCUCUCAGGCUUUUUCACCAGUCUGGUAGUUCUGGUCGUGCUCCUGCUGAUUGGACCUCUUUUCCACUUCCUUCCCAAGGCAGUUCUGGCCUGUAUAAAUGUCACCAGUCUGAGGCAGAUGUUCAUGCAGUUCCAGGACCUGCCAGACCUGUGGAGGAUCAGCAAGAUGGACUUUUUGGUGUGGCUGGUCACCUGGCUGUCUGUAGUUGUCCUGAAUGUUGACCUGGGUCUGGCUAUCGGUGUGGUCUUCUCCAUGAUGACAGUCAUCUGUCGCACCCAGAGGGCAGACUGCUCAGUGCUGGGGAGGGCAUCCAACACCGAGAUCUACAGACCUAUUGAGCAGCACAGCAAGUGUUAUGAGAUCCCAGGUGUGAAGAUCCUGACCUACAAUGGGCCCAUUUACUACGGAAACCGCAGCUUCUUCAGAGAGGCUGUGACUCGGCUGCUGGACCUCACCCCCGAGAGGAUCCGCAGGUCAGAGAAAAUACAGGAGAGGAGAGACAGGGAGGCCAUCGCUACUGUGGAAGCUGGAGUGGCCAACACAUCAUUUUCAUCAGAAAAUGAAUUUAUUAAAUCAGAAAGCAGCAGCAGUGAUAUCCAGGCAGUGCUAAUCGAUUGCAGCAGCGUGAUUUUUGUGGAUGUGGCCGGAGCCAGGUUAUUUAUUCAGGUGUGUACGGAGUGUCAGAAAGUAGGAGUUCAAAUAUACCUGUCAAACUGCAAUGAGAGCGUGCUGAGGAUUCUGACCUCCAGCGGUCUAAUGGACCACAUGAGCCCGCAGCACAUCUUUGUCACUGUCCACGACGCCGUGGUUUACAUUCAGCAGCAGAAGGAGAAGCCCACAGAGAACACAAGCACAGUGUGGGUGUGAGGUGUGGACAGCAACCCCCAGGAGGGGGAGGCGCAGCCUGCAGGAGGAGGAGAGAGGAGGUGGUGUCCUAACAGUGACAGCGAGCUCUGCCUCGGCCUGUGUGCGUGUGUAUGUGUGUGUGUGAGUGUGUGUGCGCGUGUGUAUUUGUGUGUGCAUGUGUGUGAGUGUGUGUGUGUGUGUGCGCGUGUGUAUGUGUGUAUGUGUGUGUUCAUGUGUGUGUGUGUGUGUGUGUGUGUGCGUGUGUAUGUGUGUGUGUGUGUAUGUGCAUGUGUGUGUGCAUGUGUGUGGGUGAGUGCUCUGUUCAUAUCAUCCUUGGUGCUCAGUGAGGUGGGCUCCAGUCUUGCAUUUCCAGAUUGGGAACGGUUGAAGUGUCCACUUCCACGAGACCAGUGAAGGACCAGAAGCGCCUCUUCAUAACCACAAGAGCCAAACGCCAUGCAGCCUGGGUCAAUUUGUAUUUGUUAUUCCCGAUCCAUUACCCUAUGCAGCCCAUGCAGUGUGCCAUUCACCUUUCUAUAGAAUCCCAGUAACAUGAGUAAAAUGAAUGGGAAUAGUGAUGGCAGGGAGAAAUUGUGAAAAAUAGUAGCUUUAGCAUACUUUAUAUAUGUCAAUUUUGUAAAAUUAUACUUAAAGUGUGCUGAAAUGCAGCGUAUAAUGUUUUUCCGCAUAAUAUUCUUUCACAUGGGUGAGGUUCCAUUGGUUUAGCAUUGAGCUCCAGUUCAUUGACUUGUUUUCUCUUCGUUUCAAAUCAGUGAGUCACGGCUAGCGUUUGCAGCAGUCUGCUAUUCUCCAUUUAGGACUUGGAGACGUUGCACAUGGACCAGGCCGUGUCCUGACUUCACCUUUAUGAGAAAGUAAUACACUGUUGAAUAUUGAGUGAAGUGCAGUGCCCUGCAAACGUAUGGGAAGAAAAAUGCUAAAUGUUAUUUUUACUAUAGACUUUGGAUGUAAAAUUAAAAGUUAAAAGUAUAGACAAUCAGCUUUUAUUUCAUGGUAUGUGCAUGUGUUUACCGUUUUACAGAAACAUAUGUUUUUGUUUUGAGUCCCCAUAAGUAUAUAGCUAAAAACAAAUUUCACUGUACCAUUCCCAUACUUUUUGAGGGCACUGUACAUAUGGGAUGGAUUGUAUUGUACUACAUUUAUUUAACAUACAAUUGUGUCAUAUACAGUGGCUUCAGAUAGUAUUCAGACACCUUCACUUUUUGCACACUUUAUUGUGUUGUAGAUUUAACUUUAAAUGGAUAAACUUGGCAUUGUUGCCCAUCAAUCUACACUUAAUAACCCAUAAUGGCAAAGGGAAAACAUUAUUACAACUUUAUAAAAACUCUAAAACUGAAAUAUAUCAUUGAGUGUAGUUUUAUUAGGGUUAUUGAGUGUAGAUUAAUGGGCAAAUUAAUUAAAUCUACAACACAAUAAAGUGUGCAAAAAGUGAAGGAGUCUGAAUACUUUCUGCAGUCACGGUAUGUACUGUUUAUUUGUAUAAAAAAAAGUGCAAUUUUACAAUGUGUUCUUCAGAAUUGAAUACAAUGACAGUACAAAGAAACGUUCAUAUUUUGUACAUGCUUUGUGUUCUGUCAUACAUGCAUUUUAAGUUUCUGUAGAUUUUUAUGCUAUAAGUUCUGAUAUCUAUUUCAAAUAAGCAUUCCUUUGAUGUUGUAAUUAUUACAUGUACGAUGACAUGCUGUGGAGUAGACUCUCCUAAUGAGCAUUUCUCUCUCUCACACUCACACACACGCUCUCAUACACAUGCAUAUACACACACACACACACACGCAUACACUUCCUUCAUCAAGUGCACAAAUAUAGACACGCACAAAAUCUCCUAAUAAGGCUGUAUUUGUUUAGCACAUCUGACCCUUGGGCCCCACACUUCCCUGCUGAAAAAAGCUAGGUUUUGAAACAGCUGGUAGCUGGUUGACAGCUUCAUAUUCAACAUGGUUCUACCAGCUGAAGCUAUGUUUUGAAACAACUGGUAGCUAGUAUUUCAAGCUGGUCAUAGCUGGAUUUUACACCGAUCCAUCUAGGAGCGGGUUUUCAUUGGCUGUGUCCUAACCAUAUCCACGGUGAGGUGAAAGGCCAAACGAACUACACGAGAUCAGCGCUCCUUCCUCUUUAAAUAUGGCCCAGAGUGAAUAGUUCCCUGUUAUAGUGCUGCAGUGUAGUAGUGUGUGUAGAGUUGGUUAUCUUAGCGCUUCUAAAUUAUUUUCUUUUGUUUCAUUUUGAUGUCUUUUUUACGUGGCUGGAAGAGUGGCACGCAUUUUCCGUCUUUUAACUGACUUUAAUCAUGAUGGGGGAAAGUAUGAUGAUUUAAGAGUUUAAGAUGACUUAAAAUUGCACUGAACAUUAGCAGCAAGGCUACUGUAUAUCGAGACUCUUGACUCGCACCGUAUGCUGUCUGACUUUUUUUUUUAUCAUUUUGAAAUAAAAAUACCUUUUCAGUACCCUUGUGGUUGAUAA